GCGAGCUUUUGCCAUAGCAUUUUGCGCAUAAUUUAUUCAUCCCUAAGUUUAGGACCUGAGCCUAUUUUAUAUUGUUUGUUUAUUUUGAACUUUCUUUCAGGAGAUGGAAAGUAACUCUAACCUUAAAGUCCCAUUUGACAGAGAUGCAAUAGAUUCUUGUUGUAAUAACAGGGUUGAGAAUGGCAAAGAAGAGGAGCAUGGUGCAGGAGGGUUGAACGGAGAUGAAGUAGGGCCACCUUGUGUUGGAAUGGUAUUUGCCUCACAAGAUGAAGUCCGUAGUUAUUAUAGCAAGUAUGCGCAGCGUGAAGGCUUUGGUAUAAUGCGAAGGAGUUCAAGGUGUAGGGAGGAUGGGAAGCUUACUUACUUUAUACUUGCAUGUGCUCAAUCUGGGAAGACCCGCAGCAUUGCGAAGAAGAGGUUUCAGUUUAGGCAACUAACAAAAACAAACUGCAAAGCAAAGAUUAAUGUAGUAGUAGAACCAGAGGGAUGUGUCCAUAUUUGUAAUGUUGUGCUUGAACAUAACCACGAGCUGAGUCCUGGAAAGAAACAGCGCAAUAUAUGUAAAAGAAGUGGGACUCCUCGCAAUAAAAGAAAGUAUGCAUUGGAAGAACUGGUUGGAGCACCCGUACAACUGGAUUCUCGUCUAGCUUCUCGUGAAUCUUGGGCCCCUUUGAAUCUGCCAUCAGCUUUCUAACAAUAAAGAAGGUCAAAUCCAGUAGAUUAUACAUUGGAAGGAGCCAACUUUCCCCAUCAAUUAGCAACUGUUAGCAAGCAUCUCGUAUAUGCUAAUAAUACUGGGCAUUCUGUGGGUGAAGUUAUGUUCGGUCCUCACAAGAGAAGAAGUUCGGUUCCAGAAGCUUCCC